GACCAUACUCUGCAAGAUCUGGUAUAUAAACUAGUGCCUGGAUUGUUUCAAAACGAAAUGAAAAGAAGAAGAGAUUUCUACAAAGAGAGGGGGAAAGAUGUGGAUAGUUUAUGGAAUGAUCCCAACAGACCUGAGUAUUACACGGAUGAUGACGGUGAAAUCCAGAGAGAAAGGGUUAUAUUUGCAGAGGACGAACAAAUUAGCCUUGCCCUUCAUCUCAGUCCAAAUGGAAUGCCACCAAAACCAACUUUAAAAUCUAAUGAAAACAAAGGAAAAGAAACUGGUGACUGUCGAUAUCUUCUGUGUCCAGCUGUGGUGACCAUUGGUCUGCUGAAAAAAUUCAUCCGCCUGAAAUUUUCUCUUAGUGACCGUUAUCAGAUUGAUAUGUAUCACACGGACGAAGUCCUCAGUGAUUUUUACACCCUCAUUGACGUGGCUUACAUGUACAUGUGGAGAAGGAAAGAGCCUUUGUGCUUAUACUAUACGGUGUAUACUAAUCCCGCCAAAAAGUUUAAACGGGAAGUUUCGUGUACUGAAACACUGAAUCUAGAGAAAGCGAAAGUAAACUCAGCUGAGGAGGAAAAAGAAAAGAAAAUCGCUUCCCUUGACGGCAAACCCAAACAAGAGAACGAAGAGAAGUCCAAAGUUAAGGAACUAGAAGAAUCAACGCAGUCUUUUACUUCGAUGCAGGACAAUGGUAAGGAAGCAAAGACUUCUACUGCUUUUGAGAAAACCAUUCCUCUUUCUUCCACGCCAGAAUUUGGUACGUCUCCAAAGGACAGUAUCUCAACGAUGGAGACAUCUGAGUCAGACAAGGAGAAAACCGAGUCAAAAUUGGAAACAAGUGAGUCAACGAGGGAAACAAACGAGUCGGAUAGGGAGACAACCAAGUCACAAAAGGAAACAAACGAGUCGAAUAGGGAGAAAACCAACUCCCAAAUGGAAACAAAUGAGUCAAACUGGGAGAAAACCAACUCCCAAAAGGAAACAAAUGAGUCACCGAGGGAAAAACAUGAGUCAAAAAAGGAGACAAUUAAGUCAACAAAGGAAACAAAGGAGUCAGCAACAGAGAUAACCGAGUCGAAAGGGGUAACCAAAGAGUCAAAAAGGGAAAUAACCGAAUCAAUAAGUGAGAAAAGUAAGGCAUCAAAAGAGUUAACCAAAACAAAUAUAGUAAUGAAUGGUGUUCAGACAGAAAAACACAAUGGUCAAUCGCAGAAAGUUCAAGAAAAAGUGAACAUUUCAAAGGUAGAAAAAUGUACGCCUGCAGAUAAGAAUUUGAAAGGCGAAAACUCUUGUAGUGAGGGUGAAUCCAAUAAGACAAAAGUCAAACCCAUGGAGAUAGACAAGUCGCCGUCUAAAACUCUAUCCUCUUCAUCGAUCACACUGGCAAAAUCUCCCGUCAAAAAGGAAAAGCAAUCUAAAAGUAAAUCUGAAAAACAACCGUCUACUUCGACAUCCAAGUCGGCGAUAUUGGUUGUUCCAACUUCAGACAUUUCACCCAGUGCACACCGUAUUCCAAAACUUAAGCUAAACACGUCAAAAUACACAUCACAGGGUAUUGUCACCAAGAGUACCACACUGACAACGCCUGUGUAUCAUCCCCGAGUAGCACAGAAACCUUCUGUGUCAACUUCUGAUUCACUUGGUGCUGAUAAACCUUCAAAAAAUACGGCGGACAAAAUGGCAAAGAAAAUGUGUACACAAGACAAUUGUGUUAAGUCCCCCUCUUUGGAUAAAAGCACAGAAAAGAAAACACAUUCUUCUAAAAGUUCACCGUCAAAGAACUCUACGUCAGAGAAAAUAAAUUCUGAAUCUUCUAUCAAUAAUUCAACUCCCACUGCCAAAAGCAAGAUAUCUCAAAAUGGCUCAGCCAAAAGUGUAUCAAACAACAUUAAUGUGAAAAAUGACUCUAGUAAAUUAUCUAUUAAAGUCGGUGCUACAAGCGCUCAAACUGCAGCAGUUUCAACCAUAACCACUAAACAAGGAAACAAACCCUCAUCAAAUGGACAGAAACUGAAAUUAACCGUGCCAUAUUCAUCAUACAGCUGUUAUACUAACGGCUUAACAAUACCGUCGCCCAUUGGAUUGUCGCCUACAGUGACGUCACCGAAGCCAUACCCAUCAUCCCCACUGAAUCGAACAUUAUCGUCUUCUCCGACACGGCGAAAAACUUCUUCUCCAUCUCGGCGGGUUCCUUCAACCACAACUAACGGUCGUCUGACCCCGGGGUCGUCCGUGUCCCCCUCCUCUCUGUAUUCAUUAUCCCCCUCUCCCACCAAUCGAUCUUUUCCCACUUCCCCGUCCCCACACUCAUUCAACCCCACAGCUAGGAUGUUACAAACGUCGCCUCUUGCCCGCCAUAUGUCUUCGUCAACCGGAAGGAUAUUUUCGUUCCCAGAACGAGGCCCACCUAUUUCCCACAUGCCCAUUACAGUGCCCACUGCCCAUUCUCAUUUGAAUUUGCGACUGAACACGUCGCCCCUGUAUUCCAACAAUGCGUCUCCCCACAAUGGCGAUCUGCCGCAAGAUUUAAGUAUCAAGAAGAAAACCUCGUCUAAUGAUGACAGCGAACAGCCAUCGUCGACUCUAAAAAUACCGAUAAAGGUUCCCAUUAAAACCAACGGAUUACAGAACGGCGAGAUCGAUAAAUUUGCUUUUACGGACGAAGAGGAUGAAAUCUCGCCGCUAACUUCAAGGAAACUGCAUCCGAUUAAAUCUGAACCGGGAUCGGGAAUUUAAUUUUGUUUUGGGGGAAAAAGAUGAUGUGAAAGGUCGCAGCUGUGUUUAAUCUUCUAACUGUAAAGCUGGAUUAUUGCAGUUGGAAUCGAAAUUUGUACAAAGGAAUUAACCCAACUUUUUAGCUGUUGUAGUCAUUACAAAAGGAGAAUAUUUUGUCUCGAAAUACAAAAUGUGUAUAAAUUGUGUGAUAAUUUUGUCCAUGUGAAUGUACAGAAAAAGAGUUCCGUAUUUAUCGAAUAUGUAAUGAUUCUAAAGGAAGGAUUCUUUCGA